AUGGACUUCUCUGACUCAGCCUCUAACACUUCAUCCAUUUUUUCCUCUUCCUGCUGCAAUUCUUCUCACCUCAUCCUACCACCCACCUUGCUUUCAGUCCCUUCCUUCUCUGGCUUUGACCUACUGUUCAGUCUAAAGCUCCUCUUCAUCCCCCUCUACUCUGCUGUGGUCUUGAUUGCGUGCUCUGGGAAUCUCCUUCUCCUCUUUCUCAUUUGGCACAACAAAAAAAGACACAACACUACAAAUUUUCUCAUCAGUAACCUUGCGCUCGUUGACCUGGUAAUGUGCAUUUUCUGCGUCCCUUUGACAGCAUCCUAUGCUUUUGACAGGCGUGGAUGGGUGUUUGGAUACCACAUGUGUCAUUUUGUGACUGUCAUGCAGUCUGCAGCUGUCUACGCAUCAGUCUUAUCCCUCAUGGCUAUUGCAGUGGAUCGCUAUGUAGUUGUGGCUUAUCCCAUCCGAAAGAGAGCAGGCUGUCAGUUCUGCUGGGGUUUGGUAGUCCUGAUUUGGUUGUCAUCCCUGGCCUUGUCCACACCUACAGCACUGCAUACUGUCUACCUGGACCUUCAUACAGCAGGCUUGGAAAUGGCUGUUUGCGAGGAGUUCUGGGAUGGCCAAGAGCAAGGUCGCCUUAUUUACUCCUGCUUCAUCCUCUUCUUCUCCUACUUUGUCCCUUUGGUUGCCGUGUCCAUCUCCUACUGCGCAAUUUCCUAUCACCUGAAGCGGAGGACCACGUCAGGUCUGACUGCAUGCCAGCAGCUGAAAUCUGCACGAGCUGCCUGGAGUAAACGGAGGAAGAAGACCUUCUGCCUGCUGCUUGUGUCUGUUCUCUGUUUUGCCUUCUCCUGGCUCCCUUUACAGGUGGUGAACCUAAUCCAUGACCUGGACACAGACUUCUCCAUCUUGGGGAAGAAUUAUAUAAAUGUUGUCCAGGUAUCCGCUCACCUUCUUGCAAUGGGUUCGACUUGCUACAACCCCUUUAUUUACGCCUCAUUACAUGAUAAAUUCCUGUCAUACUUGUGUCUGCACUUCCUUUCUUGGAGGAGAGGAAAAGGGAGGGACAGAAGUCAAGGUUCAAGCAUCCUAACAGCAUCCCACAGAACGCCACGUAUUCACACCUCCACCAUUGAAGCAGAUUUACCUGUUGUUAUGAACGAUAUUGUUCCUCAAGAAAAAUUUACUUGA